AGCAAUUAACAAAGCAGUGUAAAACGAACGAACCACAAUGCGCGCUCUGACCUUCAUAUCCUUACUCUGCUUCAUCGCGGCUGUGUCCUGUCAAAGCCAUGACCUGGUCAUAGGCAAGCCUGGAUUUGGUGACGUCAUCAUCUACAGGAUCAACGAGUACAAAUAUGGCUUCCCAUUCAUCGUCAGGAGUUCCACCAUCGAAUACCCAGAGCCAGGGCAUUAUAAUUUAGCCUACAUCAGCUCGAUAUAUGUAAAAGACAACGAAUACGACGGUUCUGGAGGAUACCCCACUAUUUCUGCGGGAGGUGUUGGUCAAAGAUUCGCGAAGAUCAAACUGAAGAGCCAACGCGGAAAUGGAUUUAAUUUCACCAUCACGAUCUACGGGCGAUAUUGAGUGGACUCCUAACUGGUUAUGACGACCUAGUACUUUGCCGUGCUAAUCGAUCAGUAUUGUUGUGCCAAAAUUAUUAUCGUUUUUUUGUAUCUGUAAAUAUUUUUUUAGGGAAACUGGCUAACGUCAGUUUUGUCAUAGAUUUAGAAACUAUGCGCGCGACGAUUUAUUUAAUGUAUUUUUGAGUAUUUUGUAAUUUAUUUCAAUGUGUACGUGUUAAUAAAUAAAAAUCCGUGGGACCACUAAAUUUUUAA